AUGGAUUUGGCAUCCAACAGUCUCCAAGGCCAAAUUCCAUCGGAAAUUGGGUUGAUGACCAGCUUGCAAAGGCUGCUACUGUAUUCCAAUGACCUUACCGGUGCUUUGCCCACCGAGUUUGGACUAUUGACCAGCAUGACGCACAUUAGUAUCAGCAGCAACUCUUUUUCAAGGCCUUUGAUCACAGAGAUUGGAAGAAUGACCGGGUUGGUGUUCUUUACCAAUAGUCGAAAUGCUAUGCCUGGGCCGAUUCCCAGCGAGCUUGGCCUCCUGACCAAAUUGACAGCAUUGUAUAUGUAUUCCAACCAGUUCACAGGGACAAUCCCGGCAGAGCUCAGUGCAUUGACUGCUUUGUCAUUCUUGGAGUUGCAGGACAACCAGCUGACUGGCCCAGUUCCAGCCGGAGUGUGUUCGAUUUCCGGCUUGCAGGCAUCAGGAAGGCUGGAUGUGGAUUGUGCAGAAGUGACCUGCUGUAGUGAUACCACUGAUAGUGUUGAUGAUCCAGGUCCGCCACCAUCCACUGUGACAAUGUUCAAUCGAACUUGGAGUACCAGCAACACUACACACAUGUUUCUCACGAACCAGAAUCUCACGGGAACAAUACCAAGUGAAAUUGGAUUGGUAACUUCGUUGGAAGUCUGGCAUGCUGGGGAAAAUGCGCUGUCGGGAACCCUGCCAACCGAGAUUGGUUUCCUAACUGAGCUCCGAUCAGUGAUCUUGAGUGGUAAUCUGUUGACAGGGACAUUUCCCAGUGAAAUUGGGCUAUUGACGGCCUUGUCAUUUUUGAGUGUUCGAAACAAUCUGCUCACUGGGACAUUUCCAGCCUGCAGCUUGGAGUUGGGUGCUUUGGGUUACAUCAGUCUUGAUUGUGGCGCCGUGGUUUGUUGUGAUGGCAAUGGCAACGGCAAUGAAGUCAUUUCGAGUGGUGACUCUGUCACUUUGUUUGGAGCAGUUUAUGAUGUUUCCACUACUCGCGACUUAGAUUUGGGGAAUGAGGAAAUCACAGGAAGUCUACCGGCAGAAAUUGGAGACCUAACAGAGUUGACCCGUUUGGACUUGUACAACAAUCAAUUCACCGGCACAAUCCCCGACCUCUCAGCCUUGCAGGAACUAACCUAUCUAGGCUUGGGAGGAAACAUGCUCACUGGCAUGAUUCCCUCAACAAUUGGAACACUGACAAAGCUGACUGGACUCUUCCUGCAUUUGAUGAUGCUGACUGGCUCCAUUCCUGAGGAGCUUGGUGACUUGACAAGUCUGUCUCGUUUGUGGCUCUAUGACACAGAACUAACCGGCAGCCUCCCCAGCAGUCUUUGCCCAGGCUUGACAGACGUGAGAGUGGACUGUGGUGAGGUCUCCUGCACUUGCUCCAGUUGUGGUUGCUCAACAACAGGAGCAUCGAGUGGUGAAUCUGUCACUUUGUUUGGGACAGUUUAUGGUGUUUCCACUACUCGCGACUUAGAUUUGGGGAAUGAGGAAAUCACAGGAACUCUACCGGCAGAAAUUGGAGACCUAACGGCGUUGACACGUUUGGACUUGUACAACAAUCAAUUCACCGGCACAAUCCCAGACCUCUCAGCCUUGCAGGAACUAACCUAUCUAGGCUUGGGAGGAAACAUGCUCACUGGCAUGAUUCCCUCAACAAUUGGAACACUGACAAAGCUGACUGGACUCUUCCUGCAUUUGAUGAUGCUGACUGGCUCCAUUCCAGAGGAGCUUGGUGACUUGACAAGUCUGUCUCGUUUGUGGCUCUAUGACACAGAACUAACCGGCAGCCUCCCCAGCAGUCUUUGCCCAGGCUUGACAGACUUGAGAGUGGACUGUGGUGAGGUCUCCUGCACUUGCUCCAGUUGUGGUUGCUCAACAACAGGAACAUUGAGUGGUCAAUCUGUCACUUUGUUUGGGACAGAGUAUGACGUCUCGGCCACUAGCCGCUUGAGUCUGAACAAUCAGGAAAUCACAGGAACGUUGCCAGCAGAAAUUGGGGAGUUGACUGCUCUGACUUUGUUGGCCCUGUAUACCAAUGACUUUGUUGGUACGAUUCCUUCUGAGGUUGGUUUAUUGACCAGAUUGUCUCACUUCAACGUGGAAGAGAAUGAUUUCUCUGGGAGCAUACCAUCCGAGUUUGGAUUAUUGACUGAAUUGACAUAUUUGGGCUUUAACGGAAACCAACUCUCAGGAAGCAUUCCUGGGGAGGUUAGUUCACUGACAAAUUUGAGAAGCUUUUUCUUGGAUGACAAUGAAUUCUCUGGAAGUGUUCCCAGCGCGCUCUGUGCCAACCCAUCAUUGUCAGUGAUCCGAGUGGAUUGCGUAGACCCCUUUGCUGUUGCAUGUUCCUGCUCUGAUUGCUCCUGUGAUUGA